CAUAGUAUCGAAAUUAAAGUAAUUUAUCAUGGAAAAGAGCAAAGUUACUUAUUGUACUGACUUAGAAAAAUCGGUGAUAAUAAGCAACUUUCAGCGACGUGGUUGGACCCAAGUAGGUCCCGAAGGUGAAUGGAAUUUCUAUUGGUCCUUUACACAGAACUGCCGUACUAUUUUCAGCAUUGAAAGUGGGUACAGAAUGAACGACAACCAAAUAAUAAACCAUUUUCCUAACCACUACGAGCUUUCGCGCAAGGAUUUAUUGGUAAAAAAUAUCAAACGAUAUCGCAAAGAAUUGGAGCGCGAGGGUAGUCUUUUAGCGGAAAAAACAGACGUAACGCUACCAAACGGUCAAACCGUUACACGCUACUUACAUUUGGAUUUUAUUCCCGUAACUUAUGUACUGCCUGCGGAUUACAACAUGUUCGUGGAGGAAUACAGGAAAUCACCACAGAGCACUUGGAUUAUGAAACCCUGCGGGAAAUCCCAGGGAGCCGGAAUUUUUUUAAUAAACAAACUUUCAAAACUAAAAAAGUGGUCUCGUGAAGCGAAAACUCCUCUCCACCCGCAACUCACAAGCAAAGAAACUUACGUAAUAUCGCGCUACAUUGACAAUCCACUUUUAAUUGGCGGCAAGAAGUUCGAUCUCAGAUUAUAUGUGUUAGUCACUUCGUUCAGACCAUUAAAAGCCUACUUAUUUCAGCAUGGUUUUUGUAGAUUUUGCACGGUGAAAUAUGAUACAAGCGUUACGGAAUUAGAUAAUAUGUACGUCCAUCUGACUAAUGUUAGUGUGCAGAAACACGGCGGUGACUACAAUAGCUUGCAUGGAGGCAAAAUGAGCAUACAAAAUUUGAGAUUAUAUUUGCAAGGUACUAGAGGACGUGUCGUGACGGAGAAGUUGUUUGAUGAUAUGCAGUGGUUGAUUGUUCACUCUUUGAAGGCCGUUGCACCAGUGAUGGCAAAUGAUCGGCACAGUUUUGAAUGCUAUGGCUAUGACAUUAUCAUAGACGAUCUUCUGAAGCCUUGGCUGGUUGAGGUUAAUGCAUCGCCAUCGCUUCAGUCGACGACGCAUAAUGAUAGAAUACUAAAGUACAAAUUGAUCGACAAUAUUAUCUCAGUUGUGGUUCCCCCGGGCGGUAUACCGGAUGCGAGGUGGAAUAAAGUUCCUACCGAAGAGGCUUUAGGUGACUUCGAUGUUUUGAUCGACGAGGAAUUAAUAGAGAGGGAUGACGCAAAUUUGCGGAGCGGUAAGUAUAAUCGGUGUAAAUCGUGACUUUUCAACGGUGUAAAGUGGUUUUUGAUUCAAAAGGGAAAAUGAAAUGGUUCUGUUUAGUUAUUCACUCUUAAUAA